UUUGGUGAGGUUGGUUGUGCGCGCUCUUGCACCACAGGUGAAGUCGAUAACCUUGGAUGUGCUUACCUGUACUGUCUACCUGAAUAGCAAUUGCUUUCACAUACGGUUAAUGUUGCUGCGCGUGGAGCAGACUGAUGCUGACAGGUUGACAAUACUGUCUGUGCAUAAUCAUAUACACCUGAGUGUUGUAAAGUUACGAUUCAUGUCACGCGUGGGUCACUGAUGUGGAAAACUCAAUGAAUGAACCCAAAGGGGCAAAGUAACGAUUAUCUUGACAGGAAAGUUUGAAUAAGUAAUUACUUCUUAAGAAAACGAGUGUUAGUCGCAAACUUGAGGAACCUUACAUAGGAAGUCUCGUGGAAGAGGGUGAUGUGAGCGGUGACCAAACUGUUGAGGUGAUCCUGUCCACCCAGCCCGCUGACACCUUCCGCGACAGGCCCAGCUGUGGGAUCUCAGCGUGUGUGGCUCUUGCUGCUGUGUCGUGUUGGUGGUACAUUUCUUGGAACGGGUGGCUUAUGUCUCACAUGGCGUAAUCCCUCUGCAAAAAUGAAAGAACUCGAGCUUCGAAACCCUAACUCGACUUCUUGUCUGAAUCACAAUACGGUCAGCGUCGCCGCACGCCGCCAGAGGGCUAGGCGUUGCCGAGCGCUCCCCAUGAAGGGCGUGGCAGUUAUGAUGGUGGUUGUGGUCGGCCUCGUGCUGCCUGCCGACUCGCAAUCUGCCUCUGAGGUGGACGCGACGCGAGAGACGAGUCACCACCACAAGCGAGAUCAUCGUCACGGCGACCUGCAAGAUCUCCCUCAAACCCGCAUCGAAUCGAACGUCAGGCCCAUCUCCAGCCAGACGCUGCAGUGGAGAAGUGAGCGGAAGAAGCCGUACAGCGGGCCGUACCUCAGCUCCAAGUGGAAUGAUCCAGUCAGGGCCACUCAUAACUCUUUCCCAAAGGGCGUAAAGACUGGCCCCGAGCGUGUGUCCUCGGUCCAGAAAGAGGACCUCGCGGAAAGGCAAAAGCGAACUGAAGCUGAAAAAUCAUCCUCGUCCAGCUGGCAAGGGAGCAACCACCUGCGCCUGAAGGAUGGUGGGUACGAGGGGCUGGUGGUGGAGGUGAGCCCCGGCGUGGAACAGACGGACUGCAAGCCCAUCAUCGACGGCAUACAGACCGUGCUGCAGGAGUGGUCGAAGGCACUACACAUGGCCACCGAGAGUCUCAUCUUUCUCAGAUCAGCAACUAUAGUCUUGCCUUCUGAGUUGUCUGGCCGCUCGUGCAGCCCACCCAUGUCCCCAGACCCACCGCCACCACCCACCCAGGCGCCGCAUAUCAGGGUGGCGCCGCCCCACCUGGUGUUCGGGGAGGCGCCCUGGACGCAGCAGAGUGAAGGCUGCGGGCGAAAAGGAGAUUUUAUCCAAUUCGGAGUCGGGUUUUUGCAAUCAGCAAAUACUUCCUCCCAUCACGCCAAACGGGCCGCCGGGGUCCUCGUUGGGGAGUGGGCCAAGUACCGCUGGGGGCUUUUCUCCGAGACGGGCUAUCCGGGGGACCAACUGUACCUGGCGUGGUAUCGUCAGGGGAUGCGCUGGACCGCCACCGUAUGCACUGAUGUGAGGGGAGGUCUUCCCACCUGUCCUGUUGACCACCCUCACCACUGCAACGAACCCAUCACCGCCCAUGAGAACGCCACCUCUUCCUUGCUCUCCUUCCCUCAUCUCCCUCAGGUGACCAAAUUCUGCAACAGUCGAACCCACAACAAGGAAGCGCCGACGAAGCAGAACGCCCUGUGUGGAGGACGCUCGGCCUGGGAGGUUAUGAUUGAGCACGAGGACUUCAGGGACAGCGAGCGAAGCCCCAGCCUCGCCCGGCCCCCACCGCCGCCCGUGCUGCACUUCAUCUGGCAGCCGACGCAGAGGUUCGUCCUGCUGGUUGAGGACACCGCCGUCAUGAACGUUCAGCGUCGCUGGGAGUUCGUGCGGAAGGCGGUACGACGUGUGGUGGUGUACGACCUGCCGAACGGUGCCGAAGUGGCGGUGGUGGUAUUCAACGCGAAGGAUAAAGCAGCGGCGCCUCUCUCAACAGUGCUGGAAUCGACCACCUCAGACCUGCGGGAGCGAGUGGGAUCGUCGCUGCCGAGGAACCCGUCGAACGUAGGGGAGAGCCAAGCCUGCAUCCCUUGCGGCAUCAAAGGAGCCAUCAAUGUUCUCAAAGAAGGAGGAGCUUCGCCACAGGCUGCUAACAUCGUGCUGCUAACGAGCGGCGGCAAGGGUCGAAAGGCACAGGUGGAAGAUGUGCGUCGUCUUGUCCACAAGUAUGGCCUGAGGCUCCAGUUAGUGUUGUACCCCUUGGCGGAGCGCCCUGGCCUGCCUGCUCCGCCACACGCCUUGGUCCCCGUGGCCAGAGAGUCCGGGGGCCGCGUCUUCACCGUGAUGGACGAGGGCGUAGGGAAUGACUCCAAGGUGAGCAUGCUGGUGUCGCUCAUGGAGGCUCUAACCGCCGCCGUCGCUGCCGGCGGAGCCACCACGCCCGUACUCAUUCACAGCGCCACCUACCAAGGAGGCAUUGCGUCCCUCAGCACAGGGACCUUUUCCCUUGAUGACUCCCUGGCGGCCAACGCUCGCUUUGCUGUCUACUACUACGACCUGAACCACGUGGGCAACACUAUACACCUCACCUCACCUUCGGGCGCCACCUUUGCCUCCGUCAACAUGCAGGAGGAGGACGGUGACGUCAACAUGAUCUUCGUUAAUCUGCACAAUGCUGAGGUAAUUUUAUGGCUGUACAAGGUGGAAAACAGAGCCGACUCCCACCAGGCGCUCCACAUCCAGGUGACGUCACUGCCCAGUGCCAACAAUGACGUGAUGGUGCGCGUGUGGACCAAUCAGGACUCUCAGACUGUUAUUGACGUGGAGGAUCACCGGCCUAUCAUCAUUUAUGGAGAAGUGAAGCUUCGCGGCGCAGCGGUGAUAGACGCAGCAGUGAAGGCGAAGCUGCAGCGGCUGGGUACGAAUGCAACGGGCGGCACGUACCCGGAGAUCCACGUGCCCCUGCUGGACCUGGGCACGGGCGACCCUGACAUCACUCGCGGGGACGGUGUGUACUCUCGCUAUGCCCCACCUCUGGACGGCCCCGCACGCUACGCCGUCGAGCUGUCUGUGGAUGCAGGUCAGGCCGUACUUGCUGUCGCUCAGACCCACGACCACGACGUGCGCCACCACAGACACUCAUUUACCAAGGAGCUGGCAUUCGGGAGCUACGGGGACAACAUAUCCUGCUGUGGAAGUGUCGUGCCCUAUGCUCGCUCUCGUACCCGUGAAUCGCCGCCCUUCACACGACAGGUUACGGGACCCACACUCGACAUCCGCCAGGAGCACGUGGUUAAUAGGGAUCUGAUUGCCCCUGCUAAAAUCAUGGACUUGGUGGCUUGGGUGAACCGCUCCAGUGGCCUCGUGGUGCUGGAAUGGACGGCAGUGGGCGAUGAUAGGGACUGGGGCCGCGCUAGCUCCUACGAGGGUUACGUGGCGUCCAGUAAGUCUCAGGCUGCCCUCAAAUGUACUGGGGAAAGGAUCCGUGGUCUGCCCGGUCCGUCGCCCGCCACACAUAAGGAGAAGGCUACUGUGGCCCUUGUUGUCCACGAGAAGAAAGUCCUGUGGGUGUGCAUGCGGGCGGUGGACAGACAAGGCAACAAGGGACCUGCCAGCAACCCUGCGGCGCUGUGGCUGCCUCGCCCUCCCUCCACGGACCAGGUCACCAUCAGGGCGCGAGGACCAGGCAUUGGCGGCUAUGGCUCGGAUGCAGGCAUGGUGGGCAGCGAAAAGGCGGCAGUAAUCAGUGGGUGCGUGGGUGGCCUCCUCCUUGUUGUGUUCCUGGUGGCAACCUACUGCUUCUGUUUGCCGUCGACCCUCAAGAGGCGCCUCAACAGACGUCGGCAGCCUCCUGAAGAUCCCGAGAAGGCAGCCACUAGCAUGGUCAACGGCGGGAGCGUUGUAGUCAAGUCGACUUCUCGUGGCAGCGUUCUUGUCAAUCCAGAUCCCGAGCCGUCGCACAGGGACAAAACUGACCUGACAGGUACGCCACCUGAGAACAGGAACCUCCGCAGCAGGACACCAGAACCACAACCCGCCAUGUGCGAAUCAGUGAGAAUGGAGCAGGGACCACCAUCUUCCCCGUCUCGUCAAAAUGGUGAUGGUGAAGAUCUUCAAGGUAUCAGGGGUCUUUCCAUGUCUAUUCCUGAUGUGACCAAGGUGGAGCGAAACUCCCACCUGGUGGAUGACAAGCCCAGCCUGCCCCACGUACCUGCUCCCCAGUUCUACACCCUUGGUCGCCACACUCGUUCCGCCAAUCGCAGUCCUCUACGCGGCCCCAACGGCCACGUUUACGAGCAGACCGAAAUGAGUCCAUACGAGCAGCAGCAGCAAAUAAGGUACUCCGUGGGCGCUCCGCAAUACUUCAGCGUCGUCCGUCCACACCAAAAGUCAGCGUCGCAGGAAACUUACAGCGACGACGACACCCAUUUCUCUGACCAGCUGUUGUGCGAUGACCGGGGCACCUCUCCGCCUCCACCAGCCCCUGCCGACCACGCACACACUUACAUGCAUAGGCACUCUGCUGCACACUUAUAGGAUGUCCUCUCGCGACAUGUUCUCAGUCACAAUAAACUCAGUUGGAGGUGCUCAGUGUGAGGAAGUGGGAGGCAUAUGUACAUAAUGUGAUGGAAGAAGACACAAAUGACAAUCACUGAGGGUGAUGUCACCGCAGCAGAAAUGGAAAAAAAACUUGUAUGCUGGUGUCGGAAUGUGAUCCUGUGUUCCGAUGAGCCACAAAAAAGAUACCUUGUUGGAAGGACUUUGGCCAUAUCAUUAUAAAGUAUUCUUCGUUAGAUGAUACGCCAAGUGUAUGUUACAGUUCCAUAUCGUGGAUGUGCUGAAGUGAUAUUUGCUCAAGCUGGCGGAAACUGCCAGCUCAGUCACCUGUGCGAGUGGACUACCCAUCCUUACCGUAUGAGUUUUGCCAAGACUAAUGUUAAACACAAGUUAUCGACUUUUCCAUGUUUCAGUUUUUAUUGGUAUUUUCAUAUCGUGAAGCAAAAAGAAAAUGUCGUUUGACA